UUUGCAAAUCAACAGACUUCCAAAUCAAUCAUUACACAUGUCAUCAAAUUCGGAGCGCUUUUUUCUUUCUUUUUUCUUUUCUUUUCUUUGUGUAUGGUGUUGGGCUUUUUAAGCGCAGAGAGCGCCCUCCCACGCUUACUACUACGUCCACAGUCCUUUCCGCAGAAAAGCUUGCUUCAUCCUUUUGUACAUACCCUUUCGUCCACUGUCAACUUAUUUAUUUUCUCAGUCAUAAUAGCCUCUUAUUUAGUAAACAUUGCCUCCUUGAGCGCUCCCACCGAGUGGAAACAACCAGUCACUCCCCCGGAGCGGGCUCGCGUGCCUAAAUAUUCCUAAAAACGAUCCGACUUGUUUUAGAUACAGCCCCGAUCGCCUCAGGAACGACCUAACCCGUAUCUUUCUCCGCAGCCAUCUCUGCGG